GUGGGUGCUCCGGGUUCCGCGAGUGUCCGCGAAAAACUAGUGCCGCGAGGCCAUCAUGGCGAACCCACGGAAAUUCAGUGAAAAGAUCGCGCUGCUGAACCAGAAGGAGGCGCAGGACGUGGCAGCGUUCGAGGCGAUCAUGAAGGAGGUUUCGGACGUCACUAGCAGAGUGGCGUCGGCGAGCAGCUCGGUGGGUGCCAGUCCCACGGGAUCCGGCGUACCGGAGACCCCGCUGUCCGUCAAGAGUGCCGGCGCCAGUCCACCGCAGUCCAGCAGCAAGCACCUGCACAUUAACCUAGGGAAUCAGUUCAGAGCGGGCGGCUCGCUGCCGAACGUAAACAACAAUGUCACUUGCGGCAGCAACACAAAAGACCACUCGUCGCCGCAUACCGGCACGAUACACUCGAUCAACCUUAAGACGGCGUUCAGCAAUCUCGAGGAGAUGCAACACAAUUCCAUGGUGUACCGCAGUGACAACAGAAGUCGCAGCAUGGGUGGUGGACCGAUGCGACCCCGGCCCAUGGAGAAGAGACACGACACGUCUCCCUACAGCGGCGUGCCUUACCUCUCGCCACCUCCGCCGGACACCUGGCGAAGAACGAACUCGGACUCGGCUUUGCAUCAGAGCGCCAACGAAGCUUGCCAGUCGACCUCCGCUAUACCUCAUCGACGAGAUCAACAUUCUAUAACCGGAAGCGGGGGCGACAACAGAGAUUCUCAUCAUGGCUUCAUCGAGCGACCACGAUCGUCGUGCGAAAUGCCUAGAGUGCCUGGGAUCAAUAUAUAUCCGAGCUCGCAGCCACCGGGACAGCAAAUACCGAUAGGCAACAACACGGGGUCGUUGCCCGACUUGAGCAACGUGCACUUCCCGUCACCCCUUCACACUCCUUUGGAUCAGGAGGAUCAUUCGAGUAGUACGCCAUUCAGCAAUAGUCCUCAAACGAGCAGUCCCACAAACCUGUCGCCGACCAGCUUGGCACAAGCUGGUAGGCUCUCCUUUUCACAGGAUCCGUCAAGCGUCCAACAGGGUGUGGCACUGGAAAACAGCACAAGUACUUCGCAACAGGAUCUUCAGAGCUAUCAGCAGCAACCGGCGCCAACGGCGACGUCUCACAGCCCUACCGCUGGCCACUACAUUUAUCAACAAUCGCACAGUUCCGUGCAACCGCAAAGUCCAAAAACGUCACAGUCGCAGCAGCAGCAGCAGCAGCAGCAGCAGCAUCAGCAUCAUCAACAAUCGCAACAACAGCUCAAUUCGUUGGGGUCGUACAGGUCCACGCAACCGGUCAACAGACCAUCGCCGCAAUCGUCACCUAGUCUAACAGUUCAAGGAAGUCCCUUAAGUUACAGCAAUAAUCCAUCGGCGCCACCUAGUCCUACAGGACAUCCGGGUCCACCCAGCUUGACGCCCGAUACUAUCGAUCAGAAUACUUAUUUCAUCAAUCAGGCACAAGCUGCAGCCCUACAACAGGAUUUCGAGCACUUCACAAUGGAGUGGCCCAAAUUCGCGCAGCAGCUGAUGGAACUCGGUUGCACCUGGACCACGCAAAUAGAGAUGGACACGCCGGUGCAGCCAAACCCGAUCGGAACGUACAUCGGUUCACCAAAUCACACCACGAAUUACACACAGAGCGACAUGAUCAAUGUCGGGAGCGAAUUAGGCAGCGGGGAUGCGGGCUACUUCAGCACGAGUCCACAAAUAGCGUAUCAACCCGCGACAACGACUACCACCGCCACUCAACAGCUCACGCCCCAAACACCGAAUACACCUACGAUUAUUCUCACAGACUUCUCUGGUGCGGACGAUCUUACAAAUCCAGAAUUCGUGAAAGACCUCGGAACAGCAAUGAUGGGCGAUUUUGACCCAGAAAUGUUCCCAUCGGACGAAGCUCUUAGACAAGGUCUUGAUCCGAUAGACAUGGAUGGUUUACAGAUGCUCGACGAUCCGACGAUGGUCAUAUCGGAUCAAGCCGAAGCCCAUUUUAGGUUAAAUCGACUCUAAGGGAAAAGAUUUUACUUAUUACCAACAUGCCCGUAUCGACUACUGUUUAGGAUAAAAUUAAUUCUGUCCUAGUGUCGCGAUUAAUUAAAGAGACACUUUGACAUGGGGCACCACUUCUUGGGCACUGGCAGAUUUGCAAGAAAAAAAUCGCGCGUCAAUAUAUAUAUAUUAUAUAAAACGUAUAUUUGCGUAUGUAAAUAAAAAAAAUUUAUAAAUUCUUAUUUAUAGCGUAUAUAAAAAAAAAAGAAAAAAUUUUACAUGAAUUUACGCGAGCAAUUUUUUAUGUCAUAACGAAACUAUUCUACAUUUCUUUAACUUUCACGUCGUGUGCAUAAUAAAUGCUCUAUAGGAUCAGUAUGUUGUUUUUUUAUACGGAAAUAGUGUACUUGCGCGUACGAAGAACUUUCGAUACUGUUUCUGUAAAGAGAAGUCUAAGUCAGUGGUCAAUGAAAGUUGUCUCCCACUCGUGAUAAAAACCGUUACUUGACGACGAUUAUAAGUAAUAUAUAAAUCUUUAUUAAUCUCCUUUUUUUUUUAUUUUACACUACUUUGUAUAUUGUAUCAUGUAUGAUCUCUAUGAAGCACAAAAAAGAAAAAAAACGUUUACUGAUUUAUACAUGCUUUUAUCAUAAUACAAUUAUAGCGGAGUAAAAACCUUACCGUUUUAGGCCAAUUUAAAGUUUAGGAGAAAAUGAUCGAUCGCGCUUCUCUCACGACGGAGAAGCAUUUAAAACGCAUAAAGACAUAGAAGUGAGAGAGGAGGGAGAUGCCUAUCGGCGGUACACGCCAGCGUAGCAUUGUAGAUGUUUACUUUUUUUUUUUUCCUCAUUAUAUACAUCCUCACUCGAGCAACUUCUGCAAUUCUGCAUUUAUCAUUUCCUAAAGAAUGGGUCAUUACAGUUUUUUCUCCAUCUUUGUCACACACAUAGAGUAUUAACGUAUUAACUCUUCUUGUCGCUGAAUAUAUACAUAGUGUGAUGAUAUACAAAAGAGUAGGAAGAAAAAAGAAAAAAAAUUGUCCUACGCGUGUACCCUCGACGGUUGUCAAUUGUUUUUUGAAAGUAAUUUACUAUACUUUAUAUAUAUUUUUUCGAUAAAACCGAUCAAGCGCGAAGUUAAGCUAAUUGAUGAUUAAUCGCAUCAAACAACAACACAAGAUGAUCUUUGUAUCUGUAAACACAUCGUAAGUAGCGUACCCACACUUUUCUCGAUAACAUUCGAAUUUCUCUCAUUCUAGUUGCAGGCGUAAUGUGUAAGCGAUUAAUGUUUACGGAAUUAUAUCAGGCUAUAAUGUUCCGAUAAAAAAAAAAAAAAAAAAAAAAAAAAAAAAAAAAAAAAA